UCGAGCGCAGCGUAUAUCGCACCUUCUUGUAGUAGAAGAAAGAAACCCUAAUUCCACCCACCUCGCCCUUUCUCUCGAUCUCAAAACCCUAACUCGAUCCACCCCAACACCACCCCCCUCUCUCUCUCUCCCUCUAGAAGCGGCGAUCGAAGGCCCGUUCUAGGGUUUCGCGAGGCCCCCGUUGAGGAGAUUCCGAGUUUGGGAUUGGAGAUCAUCGCCAAAAAUGUCGGCGGCGGCGGUGUGUGGGAAGAGGUCGUCGCCUUCUUCUCCUUCUUCUUCGUCCUACCCCUUCUUCGACGAGCUCCUCUUCCACACCCCUCCGCCCGCCCCCAAGAGGCUCCGCCGCGCCGCCGCGGCGUCGGCGGCGGCGGCGUUCGUGCCAGCACNGCCGCCACAAUCUUUGCCCUCACCCGUGGCCGAUCGGAGGGAGAGCGAUCUCGCGCAGCUCCGAUCGCUUUUCCCCCAAAUGGACCAGCAGAUUCUUGAAAGAGCUCUUGAGGAAUCUGGAAAUGAUCUGGAUGUGGCAAUAAGGAGUUUGCAUGAUCUGCGGUUGCAGUCAGCUGAAAUCAUCUUACGAUCUGCUGUUUGCAGCUCUGAAAAUGAAAUGCCGAAUAAUAGUCCAGUAGCUACUGAAGGCAUUUCAGCCAAUAAUGGCGUCGAUGUGGGUGCUGAAAACCUUCAAAACAUAGAAGAUCUCCCGAAAGAUGGUUCCGAAUGGGUCGAGCUACUUGUGAGAGAAAUGAUGAACGCAUCGAACAUGGACGAUGCCCGGGCUCGUGCCUCAAGAGUGCUGGAUCUUUUGGAGAAAUCCAUCGUCGCUCGUGCUGGUACCGAACUUAUGCAGAGCUCUCAUAAGGAAAAUAUGGUGCUCAAGGAACAGGCGGAAGAACUGCUUCGUCAGAAUGCUGUUCUCAGGAGAGCUGUGGCGAUCCAGCACGAGCGCCAUAAAGACUACGACGAGAGAAAUCAAGAGCUGCAGCAAUUGAAACAGCUUGUAUCUCAGUACCAAGAGCAAAUUAAAACCCUGGAGGUCAAUAACUACGCGCUUGGCGUGCAUCUCAGGCAAGCCCAACAGAGCAGCUCCAUUCCGGGCUGCUUCCAUCCCGACGUCUUCUAGAGAUGUAUUUAUGGGGUUGUUGGUUGCUUCCAUAAGCAAGUAUUGGGCUAUCUUUUGUCUAUCAGGUCCCUUCUUUCUCCAAUGGUAACAACAACUUCUCUUUCUUUGUGGAAAAAAUUCCUAGUCCUUAUAUAUUUUGUGUUAUGACU